AUGAAUCCGAAAACACCGAUUUAUCACGAAAAACAGGUUAAAGAAUUAUGUGCCUUGCACGCACUUAAUAAUUUGUUUCAGAUGAGAAAUACCUUUUCAAAGUCGGAACUAGAUAGCAUAUGCAGUCGAUUAUCACCAAAUGUUUGGAUCAAUCCCCAUAGAUCGAUGCUGGGUCUUGGAAACUAUGACAUUAAUGUUAUUAUGGCAGCCCUACAAAAGAAAGGUUGCGAAGCUGUAUGGUUCGACAAGAGGAAAGAUCCGGGUUGCUUGGACUUGUCAAAUAUUUGUGGCUUUAUCCUCAAUGUGCCAUCAGAUUACAAGUUAGGGUUUGUAAUGCUACCAUUACGGCGUCGUCAUUGGAUUACUAUCAGACAAAUACAAGGCAAUUUUUAUAACCUUGAUUCAAAACUUGAUGCACCUGUUUUAAUUGGAAGAAGUACAGACCUGAUAACAUAUUUAAAGGAGCAACUUGAAUGCAAGGACAAAGAAUUAUUUGUGGUAGUGAGCAAAGAAGUUGAGGAGAAACAACUUUGGAUGCAUCAAUACACAUCCCAAAAUUAUCGACUUCAGGAUCCAAACCACAUGGACAGUGUUCACCAAAACUACUGCGACAGUACCCCUGACAGUAUAUCCUCCAAUGACUUUAGGAAUCGUGAUGCAGAGUGUAUAAAAGUUACGGAAGUGACGAACGGUGCUGCAAGCAUAGAAAACAAUAUU